GCAUUCGGCCAGUUAGACAGUGUCCGUGAUUGUGAAUACGUGUAUGGGAACAUUCGCCAUGAAUCGAAUAAUCAUACUACUUCUUGGAAUUGUGGCUGCCGUUGUUGCAGAGGAAAUAACCGCUCAUGUGUACUUGCGACCCCACAAUGCUAAAAAGCGCUAUGUUACGGGAGAAUUAACCAUCAUUCAAUGUGCACCUAAUUUAGUCCGAAUCACGGGCAAUGUGUACGGUCUCACAGAAGGAUUGCACGGUUUUCAUGUACACACAAAAGGAGAUUUUAGUGACGGUUGCACAUCUACAGGUCCACACUUUAAUCCUGAGAAUGUUGCGCACGGCGCACCAGAUAGUCCAAUAAGACACGUUGGAGAUUUGGGAAACAUCCGAGCAAACGCUGAAGGAAUAGCAAAAGUGCACAUCACGGAUUCUAUUAUCUCUCUAACCGGAAAGAACAGCAUUCUAGGACGUGCUCUAGUCAUUCAUUCUGGCGAAGAUGAUUUGGGAAGAGGAAACCAUUCACUUUCUUUAACCACAGGAAACUCAGGAGAUCGUUGGGCCUGUGGCAUUAUCGAGCGUGAUGUAUAAGAGAAUAAAAAUAAAAGAAACUACAAAGUUCGAUGUUAAACACAAGUAUCUAUAUACCAACCAACUGAACUUCCAUUUUAUGAUGAUUUUGGGUGGUAAACUACGAUUAAAAAAGAUAGGGAAAU